AUGGUGGUCCCGCUGAUGCUCGAUCUGAUGGACUUUCGGAGGAUGAUGUGCAACAUCAGUGCGCCCAUCCGGCUGUUGGUUUUGGUGCAGAACGGGCGGGAGGCGAUGCUGUCGUUGUGCCUGCAGGAGCUCGAGAGGGUCUAUGGGUGGUCCGGACGCCUGGUUGUGAGUCGUCACCCGGAAAACAUCGGGUACAGCGCUGCGGUGAACAUCGGGUCACGACUUGCACUCUCGCUGCCGCGCGAGGAAGUGCCUCUUGUUUUUGUGACAAACAGCGACGUAGUGUUUUCACCCGAUCUUCUUCCCAACCUUCUACGCGAUGUGCAUGAAAUGACGAGGCAUGAUGCCGCUCGCAUGGAUGAGUUGUCGGCGGAGGUGGCGAAUGAGCCGAGCGAGUACAGUCCUGUUUUGCGACGGGGCUUGAGGGUGCUGCGCUCCACGGUGAACGAUAGCCGAUUGUCGACGUCUGCGCUGCUGCCUGACCGCAUCCGUUAUGCCUCUGCGAAGGAGCGUGAAAAGGCGUUUUCGAAGCAUUACGGGCACUUCUGCGCGUAUUACAAAAGCAGUUGUUUUGUGUCUGUUAUGUUGACACGCCUGGCGAUCAGUACGGUGGGAUAUUUUGACGAGAACUUCUACCCAGAUUGA